AGACAAGUGCGACGAAAACGAUGGCUUCUGCGGGGGAUGAGAGUAGAUUAAUCAUCAGCGGCGGACCGGUACCGCAAAAUGUUACCGAAGGACACGGUUCCCUCGGAGCGUACCUCAGGAAUCGAAUGCGACUCAAUGGCAAUGAUGUUGGUCUUAUUGAUGGAGUUUACGGAACGGAACUGCGGUACCUGGAACUGCUGGAGCAAACUGUUCGACUGGCGGAGUGCCUGCGUACUUUGGCCGAUGUCAGAGUCGGAGAUGUGGUCGGAAUCGUCAGCGAGAAUAGGCUCGAAUUCCCGGCGGCCCUGUUUGCUUCGAUCUUUCUAGGAGCGACCGUGGCGCCCAUCAAUCUAACCUACACCGAGGGUGAACUGGUUCAUGCAUUUAACCUGUCCAAGCCAAAGGUCAUCUUCGUGUCACCGUUCUCGGCGGAUCGGGUUGUGGCCGCGGCACGGAAGAAUCGACACAUCGUCCAGCGGGUGAUUCUGUUCGGCGAGGAGAACCCCUUCGGAAGCGAUGUGGAACUGUUCGAUGAUUUCCAGAAGCCGGUCUCGUUUAUCAAUCCGCUGCAGUUCUACAUUCCACCGGUGGACGUCGACAAUCAUGUGGCACUGGUUAUGUGCUCCUCGGGAACUACCGGGCUGCCGAAGGGCGUGCAGCUUACGCACUACAAUCUGAUGGCCAGCAUUGCGCUGUUGAAUGACCUUAUCAACAAAACUUGUAAUUCCAGUGACCGGAAUCAGUUGCACACUGGGGAAUCCUCGGAGCUGAUCGCACCGCCACCAGGUGGAAUCGUGCUACUCGGUGUCCUUCCGUGGUUCCACGCGUACGGUUGCAUGACCCUGAUCAACGUGAUCUGCAACAAGCAGCUGCUCGUCUCGUUGCCCAAGUUCGAGGAAGGCCUCUUUCUGAGCUGCAUCGAAAACUACCGCUGCACGAUGGUGUUCGUGGUGCCUCCGUUGGUGGUAUUCCUGGCCAAACACCCACUGGUCGACAGCUACGACUUGUCCAGUGUGGAUUCGCUGCUCUGCGGAGCGGCACCGUUGAGUAAGGAGACGGAGGAUCUGGUCAAGAAGCGCUUGAACAUUAGACACGUUCGCCAAGGGUACGGCAUGAGCGAGACUACGUUGGCUACUCUAGUUCAGAGCGGCGAAGGUCACAAGGCCGGAAGCGUGGGGAUCGUACAGGUAGGCACGCUGGCUAAGGUGAUUGAUCCGGCGACGGGUAAGCUAUUGGGACCGAAUCAGCACGGAGAACUGUGCUUCAAGGGGUCGCAAAUCAUGAAGGGGUACAUUGGCAAUGAGGUUGCUACGAAGGAAACGAUAGAUAAGGAGGGAUGGCUGCAUACCGGGGACAUUGGAUACUACGACCAGGAUUAUGAGUUCUUCAUCGUAGAUCGAUUGAAGGAGUUGAUCAAGUACAAAGCCUACCAAGUACCGCCGGCGGAACUGGAAGCGAUUCUGUUGACGAAUCCGAAGAUAAAGGAUGCAGCGGUGAUUGGCCUGCCGGACGAGAGUGCCGGAGAGCUUCCGAUGGCAUUCGUGGUUAAACAGGAAGGUGUCGAUGUUACCGAAGCGGAGAUCAAGAAGUACGUAGCCGACCGGACGUCACCGGCUAAGCGGCUGCACGGAGGCGUGAGGUUCAUUGCCGAAAUUCCGAAGAAUCUGAGUGGCAAGAUUCUGAGGCGAGAGCUCCGCGCUUUGCUCCAGAAACCUAAAUCAAAACUGUAGGAUAAAGGUGUUUGUGCUUUCUGUGUAUGAAAUAAUGGUACCA